CGUGAUCCCGGCGAACGUUCUCCGCUGUUUGCACCACGUCCGGAUAAAUAUGAACCAGUGAAACGGUUAUUUAGUGUUAAAGUAGACAAAAGCAGGGUCAGACGGAGACAAACCACCACAAAAAAGUCAAUGAAACGCGUCGUUGUGACCAUUAUUUGUGGAGGGCGUUUAACAGCACUGGCACCGACCGUGCGGGAACUCCGCCGCGCGUGUCGGUGAUACAAAACGAACACUAUCUUCACCACGGGUUCAGGAAGUUAUUCAGGUUUUGUUGUAUUGUUGCCACGGAACUCGUCCAGUGGGCUUUAAAUUCAGUAAGCAUUAUUCGCAACCUUCAAAAUACGCUUCUUUUUUGAAUUGAAUAAUUUGCCGCUUUGUUAACCGGACGCCAAGAUGGCACCGAAGAAACGCAACUCUGUGACUCCUCAGAGCAAGGAGCUGAAGCCCAGUGCAGAAAGUGCCUCUCCCGAUAAGAAGGAAAGUCCAGAGUUAUCUGUUAAGAAACACAGAGACAAGGAUGCCGAGUUUGUGACUCUGUGUAAAAGCCUUCAUGUGACAGACCUGGUGUGUGAACGUGCUUGGAAGCUGUGGAAAGAUGUUCAAGAGUCCAUGGAUGGAGUCACUGACAGCCAGAAGAGGCUGUGGGGUGCUUCUCUGUUUGUGACUGUCAUAGACAUGGAUGUCACCUGUUUCACCUUUACUCAGGUUCUCAAAGCAGUCACUCUUAAUGUAAAACAGUUCAUGGAUCUGGUGAGGAAGUUGGAUGUAAACCUGGAUACAAUAAGCUCCAAAGUGAAUUCAGCACUGACACGAAUGGAGAAGAAGUAUGACGUGAUGCUGGCUCUGUACCAGAGAUUUGAGAAAACAUGUAAGAAAAUCUUUGCUUUGACUUCGGAUGGAAAGGAAAGGGAGACCAUGCGGACUUGCUGGACUAUGUUUCUUUUGGCCAAAGGAAGGGCCUUGCAGAUGGAGGAUGACCUGGUCAUAUCAUUCCAGUUGCUUCUUUGUACACUGGAGCUUUUCAUCAAGCGCUGUCCUCCGGACCUUCUGCAGCCUCUUUACAAAUCAGCAAUCAGCAAAGUUCAGAGCCCCCCAACGCGAACAUCUCGUCGCAACCAGAGCAAAGCCAGAUCCCGACCUCCAGAGCCAGAAGUUGAUUUGCAACUUCUCGAAACUUUGUGCAAAGAAAAUGAAUGCAAUGCAGAAGAGGUGAAGAACGUAUACCAGACCAGUUUCACAGCUUUCCUAGACUCACUGGAUCAAUCGAGAAGCCCAGAUUUUCCUCAGGGGAAUGACGUCGACCAGCAGUACGAAGAGCACUACCUCAAGAGCAGAGAGAUCGAUGGACGGCUGUUCUUUGACGGAGAUGAGACUCUUCUUGCACCUAAAGUCGAGAUAUCACAGGUUGAGAGAACACCAAAAAAGAGUCUGCCAGAUGAAGAUGGAGUAGUCAUCCCUCCCCAGACUCCAAUCAGAGCUGCCAUGACCUCCAUUCAGAUGUUAAGGGUUGAUCUCACCUCCAGUGGAGACCAGCCAUCUACCAACCUGGCUACCUAUUUCAAACAUUGCACGGUGGACCCGACUCAGGAUGUGCUGAAGCGCUUGGAGAUGCUUGGGCAGGUGUUCAGCCAAAGAUUUGGUCAGGCAGCUGGACCACACUGUGUUGUAAAUGGCAGGCAGAGAUUUACUCUCGGCGUUGGACUUUAUUAUAAAGUUAUGGAGGCCAUGCUGAAAUCGGAAGAGAAGCGACUAUCUGUGCAAAACUUUAGUAAACUCCUCAAUCACUCCACAUUCCACACAUCACUUUUGGCCUGUGCUUUGGAGGUGGUCAUGGCAACAUAUGGAGAGAGCAGUUUCAAAAAUGGAGGCUUCAACGGUGGCGGAGGUGACACAGCUGAGACAGGCGUGUGUUUCCCCUGGAUACUGGAUGUUUUCAACCUAGCAGCCUUUGACUUCUACAAACUCAUCGAGAGCUUCAUCAAGGCUGAGCCCACUCUGAGCAAAGAUAUUGUCAAACAUCUGGAGACCUGCGAAAACCUAAUCAUGGAGAGGAUUGCAUGGAGGACGGGCUCCCCGCUGUUUGACCUCCUGAAGCAAGAACAUGAGGGGGGAGCAGCAGAGCAGGUGGAGACCCCAGCCAGUUUCAGCCAACCACUGCAGCACAACCACACGGCAGCUGACCUAUAUCUGUCCCCCAUGCGACCAGGCGUUCGUGUCUUACCUCCUGAGUCACCGGCCACACCCAGCUCUCAAGUUUCCUCUCAGUCUGCCUCCCAGGCCGCCAGCCAAACUCCACGGCACACCAAGUCCAACUCUCUCAGCCUGUUCUACAAAAAAUUAUACCGCCUGGCCUACACAAGACUGAAGAUGCUCUGCUCGUACCUGUUGUCCUCCCACCCUGAACUGGAGCCCAUCAUUUGGACUCUGUUCCAACACACUCUGCAGCACGAGUAUGAGCUGAUGAGAGACCGUCACCUCGACCAGUUGAUGAUGUCAGCCAUGUAUGCUAUAUGUAAAGUGAAGAGCGUUGAUCUGCGCUUCAAGACCAUUGUGACAUCAUACAAGAACAUGCCCAACACCAGCCAGGAGACCUUUAAGCAUGUGCUGAUCACUGAGGGCCACUACGACUCCAUCAUUGUCUUCUACAAUCAAGUAUUCAUGCAGCGGCUGAAAACCAACAUCCUGCAGUAUGCGUCUACCAGGCCGCCUACACUCUCUCCAAUCCCACAAAUACCACGCAGCCCCUACAAGUUUCCUAGUUCUCCUCUGCGUGUGCCAGGAAGCAACAACGUGUACAUCUCUCCUCUGAAAAGCCCACGAAUGUCUCCGAGUUUCAUGACUCCUCGCACCAGGAUGCUGGUUUCGAUUGGUGAAUCAUUUGGGCAGUCCAACCGCUUCCAGAAGAUCAACCAGAUGGUCAACAGCAGCGACCGCUCCUUCAAGAGGACUCUGGAUAUGGGCCCCACUCCAAAGCCUCUGAAGAGGUUACGCUUCGAUGUGGACGGCCAAGAUGAAGCGGAUGGCAGCAAACCUGGAGGAGAUUCUACACUGAUACAGAAGCUUGCAGAGAUGAGCUCCGCUCGCAGUCGCAUGCAGGAGCAGAAGAUGAAGGAGGACGCAGAACUGAGGAAGGAGUAAUUCUAAAACCUACUGAACUGACCUGCACUGUUCGUCACAAUGUGAACGUGACUUUUUGUUCACACAACUGUACAUUUAGUUUCGGAGUUUAGUUUGUAUUUAACUUUGAGGAAUAAUAUUUGAAUAUAGAGGGAUGUCUCUGUGUUUUUACAUUGAAUUUCAUUUGAAUUUGAUUAUUGGACAUUAAGAGUGUUUUUAAGUGUGCUAAAUAAUUUCUGGAUCUUAUGGAAAAGCGUUUUGGUGAACGUGCUCAAUGAUCCAGAGUGUUGAGGUGAAGCAGAUUUUCUAGUUAAAUGAGUGAGACUAUUGUUGACUUUUUUUCUUUUUGAUAAUAAUUUUAUAUUUUGACAUUACAAAGUUUCAAUCAUGAUGAGUGUAAAAUCAUGAUUAGUCUGCAAAAAGUAGUAAUUGUCCUCAGAGAAACAUCAGUGGUUUUACUUUUUAAAGUUUUUUUUGUGUGUGUGUGUGUGUCAUAAUGUGAGAACAUCAUUUAGAGUGAAGUCGUGACUUAAUUUGCAUAUGGCCAAAAACAGGUAUUGUCAAACAAUUUGGUUACAGGUAUAUUUCCUUAAUGCUAACAUGUAUGGGUUUGUAGUAGCUUUAGUAUAUAUUUUUUUUUGGUGGUUAGAAAAAUGAUCAUAAUCCAUGUAAAUGCGGGCAUCUUCUAACUAAGGGAAGAUUGGUGUUCAUAUUUUGUAUAAUAGUUGAGUAACUUCUGGAGACAGGAGUAGCAGUAUUCAGAGAAGGGGAAAAGUACACAAACACACUCCUCACACGGCACAUUCAGGGGAGGAAGUAUACCAGGCUAAAAUGUUCCUAGAAAUGUCGGUAACCUGAAUUUUUUUUUUUUAUACAUUAAAUGUGACUAUAUUGUGCUCUGUUGAAGUAGUUCCUGGAAAAUGUCACAAAUAUUUCUUUUAAAGAAAGUUUAUACUCCAGUGCAUACAGGUUAUUCUUCACUUAUCCGCUGCCAUGACUCUAGUUUGGAUUGAUUCUGACUUUGGUUUGUGUUUUGUUUUGUUUUGUUUUGUUUUGUUUUUUUUUUUUGUUUUUUCCAGAAUACACCUUUUGUAGAAACCUACACAUGAUUAAUUUUGAUUUUUCAAAAUGGACACAAAGUGGAACUUUGUUUUAAUUUUUUUCUAGGGGGUUGGUUAACUGAGAAAAAUGUGAUGUAAGUGUUGGUAUUGGAAAAAACAAGGUGUAUAAAUCAUGCCAUCACCCUUUCAAGCUCUAUCGGUGUUAAUUUGAAGGAUGAGUGUGUGGGAUUUAGGGAGAUCCUUCACAUUGGGAGCAGGUCACACAGAGCCAUCCAUGUUUCUACAGUAACCCAGACCAGACAAAGCAAACAAUGACUGGAGAGCUCCCCUACAUGCACAAAACCUAGGGCUGAGUGAGGGUGAGGAUAUUCAGUUGGUUGUGAUCUGAUCUGCAGCCCCACUGCUAGAUUCUACUUAUUGGUCCUUUAAGAACACUAUAACCUUUAAGAGCAUUCAUAUAAACUCUAGGUUUAGGCAGUUCAGUCAUUUGUGUAAAACCAAAAGAAUUUCCUUCUUAUUUAAAUCAACAAAUAUUUCAUUUGUGACUACGAACCAAUAAAAGCCAAGACCUGAACAAAAAAGAAAAA